AUGGGCACGAAGCCAAUUAAGUUACUCUAUUGGUUUCGGACCGAUCUGCGUCUUCAUGAUUCUCCUGCGCUUUUGAAAGCUCUCGAGCUUAAUCCGGUGGAGUUUUAUCCAGUGUGGUGCUGGGAUCCGUAUUACGUUUACAACACUCCAGUCGGGCCGAAUAGAUGGCAAUUCUUACUAGAUUCAAUGAACGAUCUUUCGAGAUCGAUCUCUCGGAGAAACGAGCGUUCGAAAUUAUUUGUUAUUCGAGGCGAACCAUCGAUCACACUGCCCUAUGUUUGGCGUCGAUGGGGGAUUACUCAUAUAGCGUUUGAAGAAGACGAUGAUAAUCGACAUAGUCGACCACGAGAUCAAUCAAUCAUCAAAGCCGCAAAGGAUGCCGGCCUUGAAGUACUCACAGCCCCCAGUCACACACUAUACCCUCAAGAGAAAGUCAUGGCGACAGCAAAAGGCAAAUUACCCGCAAGUUACCGUGGUUUCUUGAGCACGAUUGAAAAACUCGGCCCGCCUGAACCAGCUCUUGAUGCGCCUGAUGGGCUUCCUAACCCCGGUCCUAUAACUUUGGAUGAUCCUCUACCUCCCGAGUUUCUGGACCGAUGGAAAAAGGCCUGGACAGACCGACAAUCCACAGAAAAAGAUGUCAAUAAAAAGAAUCGAAUCGCCGAAGACAAGGCUUACCGAUCACCCCACCCUCUCUCGGGCCCUAAUGGAAAUUUCGACAUCCCGACGAUGGAAGAGCUUGGGAUUCAACCGGCGACGAGCCACCAUCGCGGUGGAGAGACAGUAGCUCUUCAGAAACUCGAGGAAUAUCUAAACGACAAGGAAAAAGUCUUGAAAUUCGAAAAGCCUCAAACCUCUCCCGCCGAAUACAAUCCCGCAUCCACAACAACUCUCUCCGCACACUUGAAGUUUGGAACAUUAUCAUCCAGGUUGUUUUAUGCGCGGCUGAAACAAGUAGAACAGGACAACCCAAAAAUCAAAGCCUCCACUCCACCUGAAUCCUUAAUUGGUCAACUUCUUUGGAGAGAUUUCUUUCAUUUACAACAGUCGCAAAUAGAGAAUUAUCAUCAGAUCAAUGGGAAUCGCAUCUGUAGAUACUUCGACUGGAGAUUAAAAGACAAAAUUCGGAAGGACACCCAAGAAGAUGGCCAAGAAGACGAUCAAGGUCCGGAGGCUGAAAAGAACUUGAAGGCUUGGAUUGAUGGAAUGACUGGCUUUCCUUGGAUUGAUGCUAUCAUGCGUCAACUCAAAACCGAGGGAUGGAUUCAUCACUUGGCAAGGCACAGUGUGGCUUGUUUUCUAACCCGGGGCCAUUUGUAUAUAUCAUGGGAAAGAGGAGCUGAAGUGUUUGACGACUUGCUGAUUGAUUGGGACCCUUCUUUGAAUUCUGGAAACUGGAUGUGGCUAUCCGCUUCAGCUUACUUCCACCAAUACUUCAGAGUUUACUCACCGAUCCAGUUUGGCAAAAAGUUUGACCCGAACGGAAACUUCAUCCGGCAUUUUUGCCCGGAGUUGAAAGAUUUUCCGAAACAGUAUAUUUACCAGCCUUGGGAAGCGCCCAUAGCAGUUCAAAAAAAAUCGAACUGUAUGAUUGGGGAAGAUUAUCCACAUCCAAUCGUAGAUGAAAAACAAGCCCGUGAAGAUUGUUUAAAGAAGAUGAAGGAAGGAUAUGAGAAGAACCGGUAUGGAACUGAUCCCCAGACCUCAUCGACAUCAUCCCCGUCAAAGUCCACAACCAGCCCGAAAAUAACCAACAGCCGUUCAGGCGCUUCCCAAGCUACAGCAGGGACGAAUGUUUCGGCCAAGAAGCCUGAGGGUUCAGGCUCAAAGAGGAAACCCACUCAUAAUCUUGGAAAGAGUGCAGGUAGAUCGAAACAACUCAAGCUAGAAUUUAAACCUUCCGAGUAG